AUGUACGACGACAUUCAAGGCUUCACAAAUCGCGAUGGUCCGGUUCGUCAGCUCCUGCCAUCGCUGCCCUCCCCACCUUCCGGCCGUUACCUUGCUUCCGAGGCUGAUGACGUUAAGCAGUUCAUUGGUACAUGUUUGGACCCGGCCGGCAACGGUGACAUCUUGUCUGCGAUUACGGUGAGCGAUGGAAAGACCCUCCGAGACACGUUUAACGUUGAGGACCGAAUCAAGACCGAAUUCGACAAGAUAACCGCAUCGGUGGGCGCGAGUAUAAACGAUCCUAGUCUUGACAUCGCCAAUCUGCCAGCAUUCAAGGAUCUCCUUAAUGCGAUCGAUGCAGUCGGAGACUUGUAUGUGUUGGACCCAGAUAGAGCCAUCGCGCUGCAGUCAGAUGCCAACUACCAAUGGGAUGGUUCUGCUCCGCCGACUCCAUCAGCUGGAGCCGCCAUCCUGGAAGCCGGCUUUGCUGGUGUGGCGGAAUGUUCCAACAGGACCAUUGAUCUCUCCGCGUUGAGUCCACUAUUCAGGGAUCCAUUGGCCUUCCUCGAUGGUAAAACGCUCAUCGGAGUUGACGAGUACAUCACGACUUUGGGAAGCAACGGUGUCAAUCUUGGGACUGCCACUGGGUGUGCAACUUUCAAGACCACUGGAGCUACUCAAAACUUGGUGCCAUGGGGCAAUCUAUUGAAUCUACUCAAACCUGUCAUGAUCAAGACCGACUUCUACUGUACCGGAUAUCUGAUAUCUGAAACCGCUGAUCUCAAAUUCCUCACCUCUCCGGAUGUCCCACGGAUCUGCGACUACAACCAAUGGCAACAGUUCAUCAGAGAUUUCAAGGCUGACUUGCUGGCCAACGCUUUGUGA